AUGUCUGAGGGCCAGAAGGGCGUGGUGCCCGUUCCAGAGGGCGAGACUUGGAACCCUGACUACUCGAAUCCGUGGCUGUAUCUUGAGAACAGGGCUGUGAUUAUUGCUGGUAUUAUCUUCUGCACGAUAAGCCUGGGACUGCGGCUUUAUACCAGGGCUUCUCUGUUGAACCAGUUUGGUUGGGAUGAUGGUGAACUAAUAUACCGGCAGGCCUUCUCCAUAGCAACUCAAGCUGUGUGUCUCUACGGAUACACGCACGGCGGCAUCGGUAUACACCUCUGGAAUGUCACGCCGGAGAUGUAUCUAAAUUACCAAAAGACCGUCUUCGUCGCCGGUAUCGUCUACGUCCCCGCCUUAGCCCUCGCCAAAGCCUCCCUCAUCAUCCUGUACUACCGCAUCGUCGCCCAGCAAAAGUUCUUCCGAUACUGCCUGUACGUCAUCUCGGCAGUCGUAAUAGGAUACAGCGUUGCCAUUGUGUUCGCGCUGAUUUUCGCAUGUAAACCGAUUGCGAGGGCGUGGGACAUGAGUAUCAACGGCACCUGCAUUGACCAGAAGGGCCUGUACACUGCGACUGCUAUCACGAAUACGGUUACCGAUGUGGCCUUGCUGGUUGUGCCGCUGCCGGUUUUGGCGAGUUUGAAUAUGCCGCGCAUUCAGAAGAUCGGGCUAUUUUUCAUGUUUGUUGUUGGUUGCGCAACCGUGAUAACAAGUAUAAUCCGCCUCGUCACCCUUUUCCCCUUCCUGCAAUCAUCCGACCCGACAUACCGCAUUGGCUGGACAGAUAUCUGGAUCAACGUCGAAUCAAACUUCAUAAUCAUCUGCCCCUGCCUCCCCUUCCUCCGGCACUUCCUCCGCCGAUACGCCCCCAGGCUCAUCGGCGAGAACUCCUCCGCGGCGCGCUACUUCAAGAACUACGCCACCUACGGGAAGACAGGCGGUGGGAACACGACGCUGCGGUCGUGGCGACGGCAGAGGAGUGAGCAUGCGGUGCUUCCUGAUGAGGUGGAACUUGCAGGCAAUGGUGAGGGAAUGGCGGAUUCGCAUUCUCCUUCUGCGUCUGGGGCGGGCGUGAGGAUUCUUAAGGAGGUGCAGUGGGAUGUUACGGAGGAGAGGAGCGAGAGGGUUUCGGAUCCGGAUGGUGUGAGGGAGGAGAAUGUACGGCAUGUUGCGCCGGGGAUUUGAAUUGCUGUCACGGUCUUUAUUGGGUUGUAUGUUAUUUGUUGGGAUGUAGCUUCAUAUGGAUGAUUGGGUAUUGGAUAUUGGGUACGGCAUGGGCAUUGGUGCCCUGGA